AUGGAACUGCGAGAUUACUUGUGCAAUCCAACAAAGAGGAAUAAUUUCGCGCCCUCGCAGUUUCAGAACCUGCUGUAUCUGCAGGCCACCAACCUCGGCGCCGGCAUGUGUGGCAACGACGGUCAGCCCGACUGCCGUCUCCGCUUUGCCGGCAAAGAGCGCACGGUGGAGAGCAUCGUGCUUCUGUGCAACGGCCUCUCUUUCGCCAUCCAGGCCGUGCUUUUCUUGGUCAUCGGAAGCUUUGCCGAUUAUGGACGAAACCGACCUUACAUCCUCGUUGCAAGCACCGUCGUCGCUAUCGCCGUCAGCUUCGCUUGGCUCGGAGUCACGGAUCCGGAACAGUGGCAGACGGCUAUUGGACUGUAUAUGGUCGGAAUCAUCACUUACCAGCUCUGCCUGAGCUACUGGACCGCCGCAUUCCCAGGUCUUGCGAGGGAUCUGCCGCACAUGCGCGACGCAAGAGCACGGCUCCUCAACGACUCGAACACUGCUUCUCCAAAGGCGGAUGCCGAUUCGGCCGAUGACAAGGGCGAAACUCCGGCAGCAGAACACGCGGCAGAGACCGAAGCAAAGGCAGGUGCCCACUCGAACCACGGCCGCAUGACAGCAGACGAGUACAGCCUGCUCGAGACCAUGGCGAUCAACCGCAUCUCAAACAUCGCCUUUGCCGUGUGCUCUGUGGGCGAACUCGUGGUGCUCGCCGUGAUCCAGGGCAUGCUCUACGGCAUUCACGCCGACCGAGACACCAUCUCCAACACCAAGGCGCUUUCCGCCGUCGUCGCUUUCGGCGCCAGUGUAUGGGUGCUCUGCGCCAUCCCCUGGUUCGUGCUCGAAAAGCGAAGGCCUGGACAACCCCUCCCACCCGGAACCAACUACGUCACGGCGGCAGCCAAGCAGGCGUAUCUCGCUGCAAAGCAUCUGCGCCACCUCCGCCAGACACUCAUCUACCUCGUCUUUUACUUCCUCUUCUCCGACGCCCUCAACACCUCGGUCACGGUCAUUUCGACCAUUCAGAACCAGGUGGUCAGCUUCAGCACCACCAAGCUCAACCUGCUCCUCAUCGUCGGCAUUGCAGCGCAAGCGGUUGGCAUCUACGGUUUCUGGCUCAUCCAGAAGCGAUGGCAAUUGUCCACGCUCUUCAUGUUCGGGUGGGUCAUCUUCUUUACCCUCUUACUGCAAGGCUGGGGCUUCAUUGGCAUCUUCACUCAACGUUUUGGCUUCCAUCACGUGUGGGAGAUCUACUGUUAUCAAGCCUUCUACGGGUUGUUUGUAUGUCCAUGGUACGCCUACUCUCAGACGAUGAUCGCGGAGGUGACGCCCAAGUCGUACGAGUUCCUCUUCUUCAGCCUCUUCUCGCUGGUCGGCAAGACGAGCGCGUUCAUCGGGCCGUUUGUCACGCAGGCCAUCGCAGACGAUACGGGCAAUGCGUCGUCGCCGUUCUACUUUUUGCUCGCGCUCUCGCUCGCAAGUUGCCUCCUGCUCUGGCCACUCGAUAUCAAGAAGAGCAAGAUCGAACAGGCCCGCUUCAUCGAGCACGAGGCCAAGGACAAGCACCUCGACUCGGCCGAAAUCGCCGCAGCCCCCAGCGCUGCAGCGAACGCUUAG